CGAAACACAUGAGAUAUAUAACCAAAAGAGACCUUGAAAUGGUCAAAUCCAACUAAGGUAUCCUUUGAUUGAGGGAGGUGGAACCUAUGUUUCUUAAUAAUUUCAAAAUUUAUAAACGGACAAUUUAAGAGAGGUAUGUUAUAAAGAUUUCAGUACCGAAGGACAUGCUGCGCUGAAGAUACCCUUGUGGACUAAUAGUCGACCGGCAGCGAUAUUGACCCUGUGCUAUAAAAAUGAAAAUUGCCUGUGAACAUCUGAGGGAUGUCAUUUAAAAGAUUAAUGACUAGCCUGUUUUAUUUUGGAAUUCAAGUGAGCAAAACUGAUCGCAUGAUACCUUUUUCUAUUAAGAAACAGUUGAAAGAACCAUAAUAGUCAUGUCCAAAAUCCUGUACAUAGUGUGAUCUUAGUUAUUUAUAUCCUUUGCUAAAUUUCUGAUAGAUUUUUUUUAUCUGUUUUCGGCAUUAGCCUCUUCGUUAAAUAUUAGUAAUGUUGUCGCAGUGUAAAUAGUUUCUUAGAGCUACAAACACCCAAGUGAUAUAGUGUAGUACAUUUAUGAAUUAUGUUUAACAUGUAAAUUGAUACUUAAAAUAGAUCCGAGAUAAAUAGUUAUCUAGAAGUAAUACGACGAACAUUGUUGACCAAAACUAGGUAUCUCAAGACCGCAAGAUGAAUAUAAGAUCAGAGUACAGAAUCAGCGAGCCGUUUAAGCUUACAGAACAAAUGUACAAUGACUAUCAUGAAAAUGGGUACCUUAUCAUACGGAAUAUGCUUGACAAGGAGGAGAUUAACAAAAUAGAGAAAUGUGUGACCGGAGAGAAGUUUAUGGAGAACAAAUACUCGCUAGAAGAUAAAGAUAAUAAGAUAAUACGAGUUGUUUGGAGACAUCCGGGUAGUGACGUCACUGGAAUUGUAUCUAGAUCAGAGAAGAUAGUGAACAGUUGUGAAAAGUUGCUUGGCGGUGAAGUGUAUCACUACCAUGCUAAGUUGAUUAUGAAGGAACCUGAAGUGUCUGGUCCUAUAUACUGGCAUCAGGAUUACGGCUAUUGGUAUCAUUACGGUAAUCUCUUCCCUGACUUGCUGACUGUUUGGGUUGCAGUCGAUCCCAGCAAGAAAGAAAACGGAUGUCUGGAGGUUUUAGCAGGAUCCAAUAAAUGUGGGCGGUUAGAUCAUCACGUAGAUGAUGGACAGAAUCAAGUUGCCGAACUAUCACGUCUAGAAUCCAUCAAGAAAAGAUGUCCUCAUGUUUACGCUGAGAUGGAUAAAGGAGAUGUAUUGUUUCUCCACUCUAAUACACUACAUUAUAGCAGUCCAAAUCGUAGUAAAAUGAGAAGGAUUGGAUUCCUCAUGUGUUACAACAAAGCCUCCAACGACUCCGUCAUAGAACACCAUCAUGCUAAAUAUACCCCCAUACAGAAAGUUCCAGAUUCUGCUAUUAAAGAAUGUACAAAUUUUACAGAUAUGUCGGGAAAGGAAUUCCAACAUCCAAGUACAAAUACAACAAUGAUUGGCAGAAAAGAUCAAUCUCACUAACAUACACGGUUGUUUUUGAGACAAAGUAUACACGUUCGAAUAGUUGGAAUGCAGAUGCAGAUUUUUGCAAAUCAUCAGCUGGAAUAAUAUUGCAGUAAAUAAAUUAACGAUUCAAACAUCAAAAAGAAAAAAAUAACAAACAAUAAAUUUAUAAAUUUAUUAUUCAA